AUGAGGGACCAGUUUGAGGGGCGGGGCUUCACAGUCUGGGAAAAGAAGGUCCGCCAAAUUUAAACUGUAAAGAAGUGAAUCGUUACAACAGUGUGGAGGAUUAAAGUGUGAGAAGGAAGGAGCUGGUGUUCGAGUUCAAGUCUCUUGUGUUUCUCUUCGCGCCGGUUUCUAUCAUGUCAUCAACUAUCACGAGCGGCGUGAGCGGCCUUAGCUCCGCCGUGUCUGGGAUGUGGCGUUCUCACAGCGUUCUCUCCGAGUCCGAACCAGAGAGUUCCCCCGAAGCGACACAGAGGUUUCGGAAGCUCCGCUCCUCCAGCUCUCUCAACUCCCUGCGCAUGUCUCUGAGGAAGAGACUUCCUUUAAAGACUGUGCAGCCCACCGGCAACGUCCCAGAGAAUCCGAACACGGAGGAGUUUCUGAAUAGCAAGAAAACGAGCACGGUCACUCAGAUCAAACGCACUGCCAAGAACACCAUCGGAACCGCUUAUCAGAAGUUUCAAAAGAGCACACAGUCACGCGAAGAGUGCCUGGUGAGGACGCCUGGCAAGAUCAUAGAAGGAGAAGAGAACGAGCGCUCUCCUGCAGUUACGCGCACCCCUAAACGACAAGCCGUAACCCCUGGGCGCACGCAGAGAUCAGCCAAGCGUAACCCACGAGCCGGAGGAACUCCCGAGGCCAGCGGGUCGGCUGUGAGAGCAGUGAAGAGCAGAGGAACCAGGAGGCAGUUGGUACGCAUGGCAGCACUGAGGAGCCCUUUCGCAUCCCCUAACACGGCGAACCGCCGCAGGCAGUUUGAUCAAGAUCUGGACAGUGUAUCAAAAGGCCUCAGGAAACUAAAGCGCCUCUCUCAAGCUUUUGAUGAAGUCAUCGGGAGAGACGAGCGGACCGAGGCCGUGGAGCAUUACAGAACAGUGAUGGCUCACAGCUACGGCUCCGCGGGGAAAUUAAACAGAUCCUUCAUCCGGCAGCAGAGCAGACAAAUUCGCCACAGAGUGGGCAGCUGGACAGACAGCGCGCUCUCAAACCUCCGCAAAACCACAUAAACAUCAAGCCACCUUCUGAUGUAUUUUUUUGUUUUUCUUCUUCAUGUCUGUCUGUCACCAUUAGUCCCGACUCCUCGUCUUCGUCUUCUUUUAACGUGUGUAUCAUAUCAAUAACUGACGUCUCAAUGUGAGCUAAAGAUUGUUUGGUUUCGUGCCAAAUCGUUGUCAUGCUGUUACAGUUAAAGGUCACGGCUGAAGAUCAUGUGAAAGCCCCUCAAAAAAAAAAAAAGGGCAGUUAUUUGUUUGUGUUUUUUUUUCUUUCUCAAAGCUUCACCAUUGGACCAAAGAUGAUAACGUCUGGGUUACAUUUCUGUUAUUUCUAUUUAAACCUAACACUAUAACGAAUGUAGCGAGACAAACGUGACGUUUACUAACCCGUAACCAGUCUCUAGAUAUUAUUCACUAACUUAUAGACUCCACCUUGUACCGAGGUGCUGGUGAGGAUCGAACUCCUCGUCUUUUAUAUAUUCUCGUUUUUUCUUCUACUUUUUCUUACCACACAAUAGCUGCGUACUGUUAUUUAACAGCACAAUCCAGAUCAGAAGGUCAGAAAGAUUUCAACAGCUACAAAAUGACUUUAAAAAGAUGUUGAUUACGUACUAUGGGUUUUAUGGGAUUUUCUCGAAACACUUAAAAUUCUUGAAGAAAUGUUCGCUUUUUAUACUUUAAUAAAAAAAAAAAGUAUCUGUUCUCUGCAA